AGUGCCCUCCCGCAUCUUACAAUUCUUGUAGUGCCAGUGAGUAGUCCGACGUAAAUAACAACAUGAAGCUCCUUCUUGCCGCCUCUCUUGUCUCCGUUACUUCCGCGUUUGCCCCGAGUUCGCUGAAGUCUGCUACCACAGCGCUUCAGGCGUCUCCCUACGAGAAUGAGCUUGGUGUGAUUGAGCCUACUGGCUUUUUCGAUCCUCUCGGUCUCUCGAAGGACAUUGAUCAGGAAAAGUUCGACCAAUACCGUACUGCCGAACUCAAGCAUGGACGCGUCGCUCAGCUCGCCGUUAUCGGAUAUGUUGUUCAGGAAAUCUACCGCUUCCCCUUCGACAUCGCUCCGGGUCUUCCCUGCGCCGAGGUGCCGAACGGCGUUGCCGCUAUCCAGGCAAUCCCUGCGCUCGGCUGGGCGCAAAUCUUCUUCUUGGUAGGAUCUGUUGACUACUACGGCUACUUGGGAGACUUUGACGCCGGAAAACCCGAUUUGGAUCCCGCAGAGAUGGAAAAGCGUCAGCUCAACGAACUCCAACACGGCCGCUUGGCCAUGUUGGCGAUUCUUGAACUCCUCCGUCACGAUAGCCAGAACUUGGUGCAGCCCGGAUUUGAUGGCCUCAAUAACCUCAUCACGGGUCUCCCUUUCCUUUACAAGUAAAUCGAUAACGGUAUUGUGUAAAGCGAACAAGACGCAGACGUCGAGAACAGUACGCAAAAAGUUGUUUUAGAAUAUACUUAUAAGCUAAUUCAGCGAGUAUUGCUCCGC